AUGGCUGUAUGGAGUCAAUUAGAUCCAGCAAAAUCUCAUGUAGCUUACGCAUGUGUCGGUGUCUUUUCAGCAAUCUUUUCAUUGGUUUCUCUUUUUUUCAAGGAAAAAUUAUACAUUGGUGAAUCCACCAUUGCAGGUAUAUUCGGAUUAAUAUAUGGGCCUCAUUGUUUGAAAUGGUUCGACCCUUCCUCCUGGGGGAAUUCAGAUUAUAUCACUCUAGAAAUUACAAGAAUCGUCCUUUGUAUACAAAUCUUUGCUGUGGCUGUAGAAUUGCCAAGAAAAUACAUGUUAAAACAUUGGCUUUCAGUAACAUUAUUAUUAGUACCAGUCAUGACGGUAGGAUGGUUAAUCAUUGGGUUAUUCAUUUGGAUUAUUAUACCAAAGAUCAAUUUUUCCUCGAGUCUUUUAAUUUCUGCUUGUAUUACAGCAACAGAUCCAAUUUUAGCCCAAUCGGUGGUCUCUGGCAAAUUUGCACAAAAGGUUCCGGGUCAUUUAAGAAAUUUAUUAUCUGCCGAAUCAGGUUGUAAUGAUGGGAUGGCUUUCCCAUUCAUUUAUCUUUCUAUGAAUUUAAUUUUACAUCAUGGUCAAGCAGGUGAAAUUAUUAAAGAUUGGAUUUGUGUAACACUUCUUUGGGAAUGCUUAUUUGGUUGUAUAUUAGGUUUUUCCAUAGGCUAUAUAGGUAAAAGAGCUAUCAAAUUUGCGGAGGAACAAAAUAUGAUUGAUCGUGAAUCAUUCUUGGCAUUUUAUAUCGUACUGGCAUUCAUCUGUGCUGGGUUUGGUUCAAUCUUAGGUGUAGAUGAUUUAUUAGUAUCAUUUGCUGCAGGUGCCACAUUUGCCUGGGACGGUUGGUUUUCUACAAAGACCAAAGAGACUAAUAUUUCAACUGUUAUCGAUUUAUUAUUAAAUUUUGCUUAUUUCAUUUAUUUUGGUGCAAUUAUUCCCUGGGAACAAUUCGAUAAUCCUGACAUUGGGUUAAGUGUUUGGAGAUUAAUUGUCUUGGCAUUUAUUGUCAUUUUCUUAAGAAGAAUUCCUGCUGUUUUAGCAUUGAAACCUUUCAUUCCAGAUAUCAAAUCUUGGAGAGAAGCACUCUUUGUAGGUCAUUUCGGUCCUAUUGGUGUAGGUGCAGUCUUUGCUGCUAUUCUUUCAAGAGUAGAAUUAUUAAUAGAUGCUGAUAAUGAAGAUCUAAAUUUAAGAGAUUUACCAGAUGUAGGUACAAAGCAUUGGAGAUUAAUUUCUAUCAUUUGGCCAGUAGUAUCAUUUUUCAUUAUAACGUCUAUUAUAGUUCAUGGUUCAUCUGUUGCUGUGGUUACCUUAGGUAGACAUUUAAACACAAUAACACUAACAAAGACUUUUUCAACUCAUACGACUUUCGGAAAUACAAAAUCUUCUUGGUUACAAAGAUUACCUUCAUUGGAUAAAAAUGGUAGAUCGUUUUCUUUACAUCGUGUAGAUACUGAUGCUCCUAUUUCUUCAGGUUUAGAACUUCAUAGCAUUUUACCUGAAGACGACUCAGAUUAUGACAUAGAUAAUGAAAAUUCCAUGAAUAAUUCCACUUUAGGUGAUAUUUCGAGACAUAGUACAGUAGAGACUAGUGGUGUACCAUUUAGACAUGCUGGUGGGAUGAGAAGAACAGAAGAUUUUGAAAAGAGAAGAAAGGAUAAAAAGAAAAAGGCUCGAAAAAGAAAAAGAAAAGAAUUCUUUAGAAACGCUCGUCCAAGUUCUCAUUUUAAUAUUAGCUUAACGAAUGGUAGUGGUCAUAAUCGUCAUAAAAAGGAUUACGAUGAUGAAUUGAAUGAUUUAGGAAGGGAACGUUUACAAUUAGAAAAAGAAGCUAUGGCUGGUACUUUCUCAUUGGGUGGUACAAGAAGAAAUUCCAUUCUAGAUGAUAUUAGUAGGUCUGAAAUAGAUGCAGCAUUAGAAUCAAGAAAUGAAAAGGAAUCAGGUGUUCUUUCUGAAGAAUAUGAACAAUAUCCAACUCUGAAUUAUACUACUGACGACGAAUCAGAUAGACAAGCAACUCAUCAUAAUCACCGUCAUAAAAGACCAAGUACUUAUCAAGGUAGUAUUACUCCAAGUAUUCAUUUAGAAGAAACUCCAGAAACAGGUACUACUGGAUCAAACCAAUAUAGUGAAAAACAUAACGUUACAUCAUCGUCAUCUGCUGCUACAUCUUCAUCCAUUGGGAAUACUGCUUCAACGUGUAGUUCUAAACAGUUAAGACAAAGACAUAAUAAAAAUUUACCAACUUUUGUUGUGGAGAAUUCUAAUUACUCACCACAUCCACACCCUCAUUCACAACAUCCAAAUAGUCCUCCUGAACAUCAUUACAUUCGACCUUUAACUCCAUCUGAGGAAUUUUUAACACAUGAUGAUGAACCAAAUUUAACUGAACAAGAAAAUAAAGCUCACGUAGGUUACGAAGAUGGUAAUCAAAUUAUUAUUGAAAAUGAAGAAGGUGAAAUUAUACAAGUGGUUCCUGUUCAGCAUCCUGACCAAUCAAUGGAUGAAGAAUCUGAAAUUGGUGCUUCUUUGACAACAACAAAUUCAAGAGGAAGCUCAAAUAUAAUUAAAUCAGGAAUGGAAGAAUUGAAAAGAGUCAUCUCUCCUCCAAAGAUUAUUAAAGAAAAACAUGCUGAAAUGCAAAAGAAGAAAAAAAGUAAACAUAAAAAACAUACAAAAUAUUUUGCUUACAAAUUAGAUAAUUUAUUGAUUAUUGAAAAUGCUGAUGGUGAUGUUUUAAGAAGAUAUAAGAUUAAUCAUCAUAAGAAAGGUAGAGAUGAUUUAAUAUCAACCGUUAAUAAGACAAUUGUUUCAAAAGCUUUACAAGUUGCAGGUUUGAAACGUCCUGAUUCGAAUGAUCAAGAUACUUCAUUAAAGACAGCUACAGAUCCAAAUUAUGAAGAUCAAAGACGUAAUUUAGAAAAAAUGGAGAUGCCGCCUCAUUUGAAUUCUUCAAAAAACGAUAGAGUUGAAUUUUACCCAUUAUCUGAUGAUGAAGAAGAUGAAAGUGAUUCAGAAGAUGAAGCAAGUGAUUCAGAAGAUGAAGAGAGUGAUUAUGAUAGAACUAGUAGUACUAGUCCUCGUGCUAAUGAUUAUUCAGAUGACUAUGAUCAAGGCUCUUUUGGUAGCGAAGCUUCUGUGGAAGAAACUAGACGUAGAAAUAUAAGAUAUCAACCACAAACUGAUGAGGGUGAUACUACUGAAGAUAUACUAGACAAUAAUACAAAUAUUCGCCGUGACAGAACACAAAAGUAUCGACAAGAUGAAGGAGACGGAGGAGAAGAAGAAGAAAAAGAAACUGCAUAUGAAAGAGAACGACGUUUGAAUGCUCUUGGUCUUGGAUCGGGUUCUAGAGCUCAAGAUGACGAAGAAGAGGAUGGGCUACAAGUAAGUUUUGCACCAGCUCCACCUAAAAAAGCAAGAACUAAAGAUAAAUUCAAGAAAAAUCUAUGA